UACGAAGAGUCUGAGAAACGUUUGGUCACUCCUUCUGCUUCCUAAGUGCGGGCGGUUCUUUCCCCUGCUUUUGAAGGCCGGCCGCUUCCUCAGCGAGUUUCCGUUGCCGGGGGAAGAAAUAGAAAGUGGGGAAGCAUGGCAAAGGAAGGCUUGGCUCUGAGCGAUGGAAAGGCAACCCGUUCUCCCUUUAGAGGAGCACGCCGGGCUCACUCGGGAGCGCUUCCUCCAGGACAUCUACCCUCUAAGAAAGCCAGCUGUGCUAAAAGGAAUCGAUUUGGGUCCUUGCAUGACCAAGUGGACAGUGGAUUACCUCAGUCAAGCAGCAGGAAAUAAAGAAGUAAAGGUUCAUGUUUCCACUGUACAGCAGAUGGAUUUCCUCAGCAAAAAUUUUGUAUACAGAACAUUGCCUUUUGACGUUUUUGUAAGGAGGGCAGCUGAAGCCAAACACACAGAGUACUUUAUUUCAGAGGAUGAAAAAUAUUAUUUGCGGUCAUUGGGAGAAGACCCACGAAAGGAUAUUGCAGAUCUCCGAAAACAAUUUCCUCUGCUGGCAGAUGAUAUUCACAUCCCAGAAUACUUUGAAAAGGAACAAUUCUUCUCCACUGUCUUUCGCAUAAGCUCAGCAGGAUUACAGCUCUGGACACAUUAUGAUGUAAUGGAUAACUUCUUAAUUCAGGUGACAGGAAAGAAACGGGUUGUACUAUACAGUCCCCGUGAUGCACCAUAUUUAUAUUUAUCAGGCACAAAAUCUGAGGUGCUAGAUGUGGACAAGCCAGACUUGAAGAAAUACCCUCUUUUCGUCAAGGCCAGGCGUUACGAAUGCCAACUGAAAGCAGGAGAUGUCUUGUUCAUUCCUGCUCUGUGGUUUCAUAAUGUGAUUUCUGAGGAGUUUGGAGUUGGAGUCAACGUUUUCUGGAAACAUCUUCCAUCAGAUUGCUAUGAUAAAACAGACACUUACGGAAACAAAGAUCUCACUGCAGCCUCAAGAGCAGUACAAAUUUUGGAUCGGGUACUGAAAACUCUGGAAGAACUACCUGAAGAAUAUAGAGACUUCUACGGACGGAGAAUGGUUUUACGCAUCCAAGAGAAAACAUAUAGCAGUAACUAUGAAUAAAGAGCACUUUUGGUUUUAGCACAUGAAUAUAAACAUUGCACUCCAGUGCUUCUUAAAAAGAAUUAUUAAUUCUUUUUGGAGAUUAGUAAUAAGUUGACACAGUAGGUGUUCUCCUUUUCAGAUCAUACGAAAGUUGCUUUCCCACAGGCUCUUUUGUUUUUUCCCUCCGGCAAUACACUCCUGGGGCUCAGCAACAGCUAAAGAAUCUCUGCCACUCUGAGAAAAUACUCCAAACAACUUUAAGCAGCUCAUAUUGAUCCAUGGCAUGUACUAUUUCUUUUAAGAAUAAGAAAAAUGGUUAACAGAACUGAGUAUUGACAGGAAAAAAUAUGGGCUGAGCACAGUCUUGUAAGAAAAAAGGAGGGGAGGGGGUCAUUGAAAGAAUGGCUUAUUAUAUGAACCCCACCGGUAAUUGAUGUGACCGACACAUACCCACUGUGACCCAACUUUAAGUCCUGGCAGGGUUUGGUGGGCAAUGACAGGAGACAAUGAGACUUAUAGUUCACACAUAUGCUAAGAGCCCUGUGAGCCCCACCGACAAUGUAUCUGGACCAAACUUGGCACACAUAAUCAUCCUGGACAACUUUAAAUACUGAUAGGAUUUCGGGAGGGAGGGAGGUUGAGGGAGAAUAGCUGUUUAGGCCUGGAAGGAGGACACUCAGCCUGCAAACCUGCCUCUUCGGAGGGAUUGUGAUCCCACCAAAUGCAGGCCGCAUCCCUCUCCCAGGCCUGCCUUCUUCCCUGGAGCACAGAAAGGCCCAGCCUCCACAUCCACUGCCCAAGACACAAGGAGCAAGCCAAGGUGGGCUCUGCCACUCCUGGGAUUUGGGGUGGAGGCAGCAGGGGGACCACACACCCACAGCCUACACCUCUGCCACACUUCCCAGUGCACACACACACGGAGCUCCGGUGGUUUGCUGGGGGGACUUUGAAAGAGGACAAGAUGGACGUUUGGGAUGGGUGGGAAACUCCAUCUGCUCAUCUUCCUUUGAAUCAAAAGCUCUCCUGGGCUGAAGAUCACCCACCAACAAGGAAAGAAAUUCAAAACAUUCCUUACUUUUCUAUCAGCCUCUGGUGGCAAUUCAUAAAAUUACAGCAAACGUGCACAGAUUGAAAAGAAAUGGCAGACCUGAUAUUUUGUCAGAGAAACCUUCCCCACAAUUUGCUUUUGUAUCUCAUAACUGUUUCAGGUUUUUCUCUAUGUAUUAAAAAAUACUAUAACACAGACUGGGUUUGUAAAAUGAGGGGAGAAAGGUGAUGAGAGAGAACAAACACUAUUAAACUGCUUUCUACUUUUCUUAUUA